GACACCGGCCUCUUAUCGAUUUGGACGCUAGUGGAAACGAGUGUGAAGCAUUACGAUUUUGCUACGUCGAAAGCAGCUGAUACCCAACAUAGUCGCAAACGAGGCACAAUAUCUAUGUUAAACUCCCGCUAUGAGUAUAGUUCACCGUGGGCUCGUGUGAAAUUAAUACAGAGUGCGAUUUGCGAUCUACGCGACUACUUAGAGCGUGGUCUGCGACGCAGCCAAACUCAGUUCGAGCUGACCAAGCAACUAUUUCAAAAGGAAAUAUACAGCGACGAGAUCUUACGCGAGCUGCACGGCACAAAAUCGGCGCAGCAACAGCGGCAACAAUUGCAGGGCUUGCGCUUCACCGGCAUCGACACCGGUUGUGAGCGC